AUGAUAGGGUUUCCUCUCGAUGCCAAGCACUGUGAUACACAUAGCGAAUUCUCAAAAACGAGCUCAUUCACGUCUGGUCUCGGCAGUGCGGUUAUUGAAUGCAAUGUAUGGGGGAAUGGCCUCGCCAAGGGCGAUCAUGGUGAUCAUGCCGACAUUGUGAGCGUGCGUGAAUACUGUCUUGGCACCGGUCUGGACUAUUUACGUGCUAUUGUUUGUGCCAAGCCGUCGCACGGAGUGACAAUAAUGCGUUGA